AUGAUGAUGGUGCUGCAGCCCGAGGGCCUGGGCGAGGGCCAGGGUCCCUAUGGGGGCGGGGAGUACAUGGAACAGGAGGAGGACUGGGACCGAGACCUGCUCUUGGACCCCGCCUGGGAGAAGCAACAGCGGAAGACCUUCACAGCCUGGUGUAACUCUCACCUGCGCAAAGCCGGGACCCAGAUUGAGAACAUCGAAGAGGAUUUCCGCAAUGGCCUUAAGCUCAUGCUGCUUCUGGAGGUCAUAUCCGGGGAAAGGCUGCCCAGGCCAGAUAAAGGCAAGAUGCGCUUCCACAAGAUCGCCAACGUCAACAAGGCCCUGGACUUCAUCGCCAGCAAAGGGGUGAAGCUUGUGUCCAUUGGGGCUGAAGAGAUCGUGGAUGGGAACCUGAAGAUGACCUUGGGAAUGAUCUGGACCAUCAUUCUUCGCUUUGCCAUCCAGGACAUCUCUGUGGAAGAGACCUCGGCCAAAGAAGGUUUGCUCUUGUGGUGUCAACGGAAGACAGCGCCCUAUCGGAACGUGAACGUGCAAAACUUCCAUACCAGCUGGAAGGAUGGCCUGGCCCUCUGUGCUCUCAUCCACCGGCACCGCCCUGACCUCAUUGACUAUGCCAAACUGCGCAAGGAUGACCCCAUUGGCAACCUGAACACGGCCUUCGAGGUAGCGGAGAAGUAUCUGGACAUCCCCAAAAUGUUGGAUGCGGAAGAUAUUGUGAACACCCCCAAGCCGGAUGAGAAGGCCGUCAUGACAUACGUAUCCUGCUUCUAUCAUGCCUUUGCCGGAGCUGAGCAGGCUGAGACAGCUGCCAAUAGGAUCUGUAAGGUGCUGGCAGUGAACCAGGAGAAUGAAAAAUUGAUGGAAGAAUAUGAGAAGCUGGCCAGUGAGCUGCUGGAAUGGAUCCGCCGCACAGUGCCCUGGCUGGAGAACCGGACCAGCGAGCCCAGCAUGAGUGCCAUGCAGCGGAAGCUGGAGGACUUCCGUGAGUACCGGCGUCUACACAAGCCACCUCGCGUGCAGGAGAAGUGUCAGCUGGAGAUUAACUUUAACACGCUGCAAACCAAGCUUCGGCUCAGCCACCGACCUGCCUUCAUGCCCUCGGAGGGCAAGCUGGUCUCGGACAUCGCCAAUGCCUGGCGGGGCCUGGAACAGGCCGAGAAGGGCUAUGAGGACUGGCUGCUGGCAGAGAUCCGGAGGCUCCAGCGCCUUACCCAUCUGGCGGAAAAGUUCCGACAGAAAGCUUCCCUGCAUGAGACCUGGACCCGAGGAAAGGAAGAUAUGCUGAGCCAGCGGGAUUAUGAGUCAGCCUCCCUGCAGGAGGUGCGGGCCCUGCUGAGGCGGCAUGAGGCCUUUGAGAGCGACCUGGCUGCCCACCAAGACCGGGUGGAGCAGAUUGCAGCCAUCGCCCAGGAGCUCAAUGAACUGGACUACCAUGAUGCAGCCUCAGUGAACAGCCGCUGCCAGGCCAUCUGUGACCAGUGGGACUCGCUGGGGACUCUGACUCAGAAAAGGAGGGAUGCUUUGGAGAGGAUGGAGAAGCUCCUGGAAACCAUAGACCAGCUGCAGUUGGAAUUUGCCCGACGGGCGGCCCCUUUCAACAACUGGCUGGAUGGGGCAGUGGAGGACCUGCAGGAUGUGUGGCUGGUGCAUUCAGCGGAGGAGACCCAGAGCCUUAUCACAGCUCAUGACCAGUUCAAGGCGACUCUGCCUGAGGCUGACCGGGAGCGGGGCGCCAUCCUGGGCAUCCAGGGAGAGAUUCAGAAGAUCUGUCAGACCUACGGGCUGCGCCUGACUGUCACCAACCCCUAUAUAAGCCUCACACCCCAGGACAUCACUAGCAAGUGGGAGAUGGUGCGGAAGCUGGUGCCUAGCCGUGACCAGACCCUGCAGGAGGAGCUGGCCCGCCAGCAGGCAAACGAGCGGCUCCGAAGACAGUUUGCAGCUCAGGCCAAUGCCAUCGGCCCUUGGAUUCAGGGAAAAGUAGAGGAAGUUGGACGGCUGGCAGUGGGGCUGGCUGGCUCCCUAGAGGAACAGAUGGCAGGGCUGAGACAGCAAGAACAAAAUAUUAUCAACUAUAAAAGCAAUGUGGACCGGCUUGAGGGUGACCACCAGCUGCUACAGGAGAGCUUGGUGUUUGACAACAAACACACUGUCUACAGCAUGGAGCAUAUCCGCGUGGGCUGGGAACAGCUGCUCACCUCCAUCGCCCGGACCAUCAAUGAGGUGGAGAACCAAGUGCUGACUCGGGAUGCCAAGGGCCUGAGCCAAGAACAACUGAACGAGUUCCGGGCCUCCUUCAACCACUUUGACAGGAAACGCAAUGGGAUGAUGGAACCAGAUGAUUUCCGAGCCUGUCUCAUCUCCAUGGGCUAUGACUUGGGGGAAGCUGAGUUUGCUCGCAUCAUGACCAUGGUGGACCCCAACGCAGCUGGGGUCGUCACCUUCCAGGCCUUCAUUGACUUUAUGACCCGGGAGACAGCCGAGACAGACACAGCAGAGCAGGUGGUGGCCUCCUUCAAGAUCUUGGCAGGAGACAAAAAUUACAUCACUGGGGAGGAGCUGCGGCGGGAGCUGCCACCAGAGCAGGCUGAGUACUGCAUCCGCCGCAUGGUCGCCUACACUGGGCCUGGGGCUCCCUCGGGGGCUCUGGACUACGUAGCCUUCUCGAAUGCCCUCUAUGGGGAGAGUGACCUCUGA